AUGGCCGCUAAAGCCACUCGAAAGGUCCUUAUGCUUCAUGGGCAAGUCGCGGUACGCGCAGAGCGCGACGAUCUUCAGCAAACGGGUGAACGUCAUGCUGCGAUUUUUAGCGGAACGCUCAGGACUCAUUCCGUCUGUCAGCUGGGUGCACUUCGCAAAGCAUGUGCGAAAGACGUCGAAUUCGUUUUCGUUGACGCACCUUACCUGCUCACUCCGGUUGACAUGGCCAACCUUAAUUCAAAUUUGAACAGCUCGACCCGAGAUGAUUUGGGGAUAGAGGAAUCCGCUGCUGUACAGGAUCCUGCCCUUUCUCCUCGUGGUUGGUGGACGGUGCAAGGGAAUCGCAAUGUGACUAUGGGUCUCGAAGAAUCUCUCAGUACAUUGCGAGAUGUCUUGGCUAAAGGCAGAUACGAUGGCGUAUUUGGGUUCAGUCAAGGGGCAGCUAUGGCUGUACUUCUGGCAGCACUGCUUGAGAGACCCGAAGUUCAUGCGCCGUUUCUCAUCGAUGGACAACCACCACAUCCUCCUCUCCAAUUCUGUGUGUCCGUAGCCAGCUUUCGUCCGCAGAGUCCGUUAUGCGAUAGCAUAUUAUUACCCUCAUUCUCCACCCCGACGCUAUUUAUCCUGGGGAAGACAGAUGUCGUCGUCGUCGAAGAGCGCUCUAAGCGUGUCAUCGAUCUUUCGACCCACAAGCGCGUCGAGUAUCACGAUGGUGGUCACUUCGUGCCGUCCAAGGCACCAUGGCGAAAAUUCCUCCGCAGCUACAUUCGGGACCCGACAGGAGAUAUAACUUCUCCGGGGCCCUCUGCGGUAUCUGAAAAUCCUUCGGAAACUUCGACUCCAAUACAGUUCGAAGGUACGACGGCCGGUGCGACGUGA